AUGGAUUCUUCACAUGAAUUCAAGAGGGUCAUGAGCCUUUUGGCUGCCCUUGCCCUUUUCAUUUACUUUGUCAUUCCACUUCCUGUUCAUGCUUCCCCUGCAGAAGCACAAGCCCUCGUCAAGUGGAAGUCCAGUCUUGGCCAACAUUCGGUUUCUUCCCUCUCUUCCUGGACUCUCUCUCCCCGUAAUGCCACUGGUUCCAAGUUGACCAUUAGUCCGUGCACUUGGUAUGGCAUCUCCUGUCGGGCUGGGAGUGUGAUCGGGAUUAACCUCACCAGCGCCAAUGUCGAAGGUACGCUUGAUGAAUUCCCAUUCUCAUCUUUGUCAAAUCUCAAGUUCAUGGACCUGGGCAUAAAUAGUCUCUUCGGCCACAUUCCGCCUCAAAUCGGUCUCUUGAGCAAUCUCACCUAUCUCGACCUCUCUAUCAAUCGGUUCUCGGGUAAAAUACCGCCUGAGAUCGGCCGUCUAACGAAACUAGAGGUCCUACACCUAGUUUUCAACGGUUUAAAUGGCUCGAUUCCCCAAGAAAUUGGGCAGUUGCAUUUGCUCAAUGAGCUCGCUCUGUAUUGCAAUCAGUUGGAUGGAUCUAUCCCUUCCUCAUUGGGUAAUUUGAGCAAAUUAGCUAUACUGUAUGUCUACAACAACUCCCUUUCUGGUUCUAUUCCCCCUGAAAUGGGAAACAUGACAAAUCUGGAAGAGCUCCACAUGAACGACAACAUCUUGACAGGACCGAUUCCUUCCACUUUGGGGAACUUAACCAAAUUGACACAGUUGAACCUAUUUGAUAAUGAGCUUACUGGUUCUAUCCCUCUGGAGCUAGGGAAUUUGAACCUUCUUAGCGCGUUGAGCCUUUACGAGAAUAAUCUUAUCGGUUCAAUUCCGCCGACGUUAGGCAAUUUGACAGAACUUACCCUUCUUUUUCUCUAUGCCAACCAGCUUUCGGGUCACAUUCCUGACGAGAUAGGAAAUCUCCGCGCUAUGUUGGACUUAGAGUUGAGUAGAAAUCAGCUCACUGGGCCCAUUCCUUCUUCUUUGGGUAACUUGACCUACCUAGAAUAUUUGUUCCUCCGUGAGAAUCAGCUUUCUGGUUCGAUUCCUGGAUCCUUAGGGGAUCUAAUAAAAUUGGAGGAGCUGCAAUUGGAUACAAACCAGUUCGCAGGCUCCUUACCAGAGAACUUGUGCCGAGGUGGGUUGCUCCAAAACCUCACAGUGAGUCGCAACUUCUUAACUGGUUCU